AAUGUUGUGCAGGUAACAACGCGUCGUGCGUUGUAUAGUUUGUCACCUGUUUGCUUGACCCGUUGAAAAUAAAGGUGUGGAAGUAUUUGAAAAUUAACCCGUCGUUUUGGUCGUUACGAAUUCGCGCGUGUGUUCGUGCGUUCGUGUGCCGUGAAAGUACAAAAUUAUAAUAAAUUUGAUUAGCGACAGUGCAAAAAAAGGGGAAAAAACUAAAGCCAAGCGUGUGCAAAUAUAAAUAUACCUAUAAAUACAUAUAUAUGAGUGUACGCUAGUGAGUGUGUGUUUGUGCUUAAGAAUUCCGAGAAAGAACAACAACAACAACUUCUAAGAUGUCAAACAAUCGUCGCAGAGUGCGUACCAUUGAUUACGCCGCCCUCCAAGGCCUGCAACUGUCAGCGUUGGCGAUGAAGGCAACAACGACGACGGCGAUGUCGCCGCCAGCACAAACAGAAGCAGAGGCAGAAGCAGUGACAGAAACAGAAGCAGAGCAGUCACCUACAGCUCCUUUGCCGGCUACAGUUUUAGAGUCACCUCCAGGCCCACCUCCCGUGCCACCAAUCAGAUUACGUCGUGAACUCAAUGUGGAUGAGGAUGCAAGGGUGGAAUACCGGGUCAAACAGACGCCAUCGCGUCCCAUGCAGAUGGGCAACGGUCGCAUCGGCACCUUGGAGGAGGAUCUGCAUCCAGAAGAUGAGCUGGCCCACUAUGAUGUGUUUGGCUCAACGCCGCCGCGAACCCGUCAAAAGAUCAAGAAUCGUGACUGGGAACGCAAACAGAAAGUGGCCACAAUUGUUGCCUCCACAGAUGCGCCUGCGAGCGUGGGAGGCACACCCAAGAAGGGAAUGACGCGGAUGGCACGAUCACGGGUCCAGCGACGUAACACGAUGGAUUGCGCGCUGCUCAACGAAAUGUUCGUCAACGACGAGGGCAAGCGCACCGAUAAGCGAUUGCAAUCCCUGCUGCGCGACUCGGAGCGCGAGAUGAAGAACUCGCUGGCGACGGCGACGUUGGUGCCGCCGCGUGGUAAUAGCUUCCACGAAGGUGCGCAUCCCCAAGAGGCACUCGACAAGAUUAUGCCGCUCAGUUCAGAGGUGUCGGCGCCGCUGCCAUUGCGCAUUGCCUCCAAGGUGGUGGAGAGUUGUAAUCGCUAUCGUUGUGUCUCCUCACGACCAAUUGGAUGUCGAUCAUCGGCGCCUCCUUUAGCAUUUGCUCCACAGUUGCCACAGCUGCCGCAGUUGGGCACGGCGGAUGGAAAACAGACGCCGGGAUUGGCCAAGCGCAAAGAUUUCCACGAAACUUUCGCCAAUCUGAUUAAACUGGGCAGCGUGGACAGGCAGGAUGCGCGACUGUCGCAGGAGGAGCACACGUGGCAGACGGAGCUCAAGGAUCUCAUCUGGCUGGAGUUGCAGGCGUGGCAGGCAGAUCGUACCGUCGAGCAGCAGGACAAGUAUCUGUUCGAGGCGCGUCACGGGGUCUCCGAUUUGCUGACCCAAAUCAUUAGCUACAAGUUCCAGCCGCGCUAUCGUCGCGAGCCCAGUUUACUGAGCCUCGAUAGCGGCAUACACUCUGAUGCCAAUUCCAAUGCCAGCUCUCCUUUGCCGAAAAUGUGUCAGGGUUGCAUGUCGCUGUACUGCAAGGAUUGCAUGGAUCAGCAGGAGUUGGCACUGCGCGAAGUUGAGGAUCUGCUGACGCGUCUCGAGGCCGCCGAAGCGUUGUAUCCCUCGUCUCAGGCGAUGGGUGCGUUGCAUCCCAUCUAUAAGUCACAGAGCUUUGUGGGACGCAUCAAGUCUAUGUGUUUGUGGUAUAAUAUUACCAAGCAGAACAAGCUGAAGCUUAGCAUACUGGGUAGAAUACUAGCCAGACUGCAGGAUGUCAAGUUCUCGUGGCCGGUGCAAACAUCCUACAGGGGAACUGACAGCGGUAACUCGUCCGCCUCGGGCGUGGACAACGAGAAUGACUCGGCUGUGAAUUCCAUGGACUCCUCGAAGCCACCUAGCGUAGCGGGUAAUGGUCAAGGAGCUCGACGUGGUUGCGGCAUGUCCUGUGCCCGCGUGCAGUUCAUGCUCAACGAUUCGACGCAUGUGCCGGGCGAGGCUUCGAGCAGCAAUGAAUCGACAUCGACAGAGGUUAGUCAGCUGUCCAACGAUUUGCAGCAUAGCCAAUUGCGCAAGAAUUCAAUGCACGACAUAAACAUCUUUAGUGUGGAGCCGCUGGGCACAUCGAGCAACGACUGCAACGGCGAACAAUCGUCGGGAUUGUAUCGCAAGUUCAUCGAGAAUGUGCUGAAGUGUCGCGGUCUCGCCAAGUCCUUGGCUUUCCUCCACCAAUUGCACAAUGUGGCGCUGUACAAGGCGCACAUUGCACUGGAGAAACCGGGUGCCGAGGAUGUGGAAGACUUUGAGCUAGAGUCCGAGCCCAUUGAUUCGAAUGUGCCGCGCAUGGAUCCGCAGAUUAGUCACGAACAAAUUGUCGAGCUACGCACUUAUGGCUAUUGGAGCGAGGAGGCGCAAUCGAUCAAUCUGCCCUCGUACAUUCCCACAUUUGUGUUCCUCAGCGGCAUUCCGUUGCAGUUCAUGCACGAGUUCUUACGCAUGCGUCUCGAGACUCGUCCUGUGCGCCCCAAUCCUCUUAGUCUCGAGCAGCUCAUGAAGGAACUGCGCGAGGGUCUCACGCUGGCGUUGACGCAUCGUGAGCGUUAUCAACGUCACAUUACGACGGCGCUGGCUGAGAACGAAUCGGAACUGGUUAGCUACAUUAAUAUACUAAAUCAAUACGAUGCGACAGUGCGCAAAACGUUUGAGCUUUACUUGGAUUAUAUCGAUCAAUUGGUGCUCGUUGCGGUGCCGGAAACGAACCAGAAAUCGGUGCUGGAGAAGGAAUGGAUGUUCACCAAGCUCAUCAGUCCCAUGAUCAAGGGCAUGCAUACGCUUGCUUCCCAAAAGUUUUGCGGCAUCAUUAGCAAACUUUUGCGCAGCAUUGCCAAGCGUCUGAUUCAGCGUUCUGCUGAGCUGGAUGAACAGAUUGCGGGCACGGCGCACAGCAAUAACGAUAACGAGGAGCUGAAAUGGCAACUGCUUACAAUUUGUCGCGAGACGCAGGCGCUGCUCACCGAGGAGCGCGAACGUUCCAUUAAAGUGCUCUUCUUUGCCAAGACCUUUUGUCGUGACGUGGAGACAACGGACUUUCAUCGCGAGCACUACGAACACGAUGUGGCCAAUCAUCAGCAUGAUUUCAUCUGUUCGGAUGUGAAGGCUGCAUUCAAGUUGCUGCAGCAGGAUGUGCUCGAGGUGCGCAACAAACUAACGGAGAUUAUCAAAGGUGUGCAGCAUCGGUGUUGUCUCAACAACAUGCAGGAUCUGGACGAACAGGAUCGCCUGGCUGUGCUUUCGCGUACGCGCGAAAUCCUGCAUCAGGGAUACAAGUUUGGCUUCGAGUACCACAAGGAUGUGAUACGACUGUUCGAGCAGCGCAUCAUGGACCAAAAGGACAGCUCUCACACCGUGGAAUUGGCACUGGGCAUCAUCUCGUUCGCUAAGAUGUGGAUGCACUUUGUGAUGGAGCGUUGCGAGCGUGGGCGUGGCGUGCGUCCGCGUUGGGCUUCGCAGGGUCUGGAGUUCCUGAUGCUCGCGUGCGAUCUGCAAAUCACACAGCAUCUGGACGAUCGGCAGUUCGAGGAGCUGAAACUGCAAAUGGAUCGUUGCAUUUCGCAUGUGAUUGGCAAGACUUCCGAGCCGGAGAAGGUGGCGCGCAAGAAAGCAUCGCCACGCACACGCAAGACAUCCUCGCCAGCGACAAGUCGCUCCCGAACACCGACACGCACUCCCAUGUCCGCUGGCGUUGUGUUGAAUCCCAAUACGCCGCCGCUUCUGUCGCCGCCAUACAACAAGCUGCUGUAUCCACAGUUCAGUCUCAAGGAGGAGAUGUUGCAGCAGAGCUCGGCCACAUACAGCUCCGUGGACAGCACCGACUACGUGGAGGCGCCACUUGGAGGCGCUAACGGUGAGUUGCGACUGCUGGUGCCACAGACGCCGCCCAUUUCCUUGGCGUCUGGCAAGAGCAGCAGCAACUCGACGCCGCUCGCCUCGCGACAUGAGCGAGUGCGCGAUGCGGUCAAUCGACUGGACUUAGAUUUGGAAGAGCAUUUGCGAGAACGUCGUCUCAUUGGCCAGGUUAAGGCGCUUAAUUCGUGCGACAAGGUGCAGAUACGUGCGCGUAGCGUCAACUUCCGCUGGCAUCGUGGCAUCAAGAUUGGCCAAGGGCGCUUUGGCAAAGUCUACACUGCUGUCAACAACAAUUCGGGCGAGCUGAUGGCCAUGAAGGAGAUUGCCAUACAGCCGGGCGAGACGCGUGCGUUGAAGAAUGUCGCCGAGGAGCUGAAGAUAUUGGAGGGCAUCAAGCACAAGAAUCUGGUGCGUUACUAUGGCAUCGAAGUGCAUCGCGAGGAGCUGCUCAUCUUCAUGGAACUCUGCUCCGAGGGCACACUCGAGUCGCUGGUUGAGCUGACUGGCGGUUUGCCAGAGGCGCUGGCGCGUCGCUUCACGGCACAGCUGCUCUCCGGUGUGGCCGAGCUACAUAAGCACGGCAUUGUGCAUCGGGACAUCAAGACGGCAAACAUAUUCCUUGUCGAUGGCAGCAACAGUCUGAAGUUGGGUGACUUUGGUUCGGCGGUCAAGAUACAAGCGCACACCACAGUGCCGGGUGAGCUGCAAGGUUAUGUGGGCACUCAGGCCUACAUGGCGCCAGAGGUGUUUACCAAGACGAAUAGCGAUGGCCAUGGACGCGCUGCCGAUAUCUGGUCGGUGGGUUGCGUUGUCGUCGAAAUGGCCUCGGGCAAGCGUCCCUGGGCACAGUUUGAUUCCAAUUUCCAAAUCAUGUUCAAAGUGGGCAUGGGCGAAAAGCCCCAGGCACCGGAGAGUCUCUCGCAGGAGGGUCAUGAGUUCAUCGACAACUGUCUGCAGCACGAUCCCAAGUUACGUAUGACGGCCAUGGAACUGCUCGAGCAGAACUUUUGCAAGUCUGGCCGCGAUGAGGAGUACAGCACCGAGCAGUUGCAGGCGCAAAUGCGAGGCUCCUUCAGGCGCAACGUGGUGCAGACUUAGAAGCAUGAAUUAAAAUGAAAAUGUGUAUCUACGCGUACUAAAUACUUAUUACUACUAUAUACUAUUGUCAUAUUUGUUAUCGAUUGCACACACGCUAUAUAAGUGUGUGAAUAUAUGUGCGUGUGCAUUGUAUAUCUGUGUGUGUGCUUGAGUGUGUAAAUGUAUGAUUCGAAUGUGUGUGUAUGUGUUUAUAAUUUAUGUGAGGUCGAGCUGUGCAAUGGCCGUGCCUAGUUUUUAUUCUGGACAAUAAAAUAUCC